UUUGCAUGCUGUAUGCACUUGGGAACACCGAACACACCUAAGCUUGUAAUUUUCGCAUUUUUGGCCCCCAAAUGUAUCUUUUAACCAGGGUCAUCAACUCCAUGGUUUACCAAACUUGAUACAGUUCUCUGCACAAGCUUCGAAGUUGCAUAUUAGAAUACAGGCUUUACUUCAGGUAUUCAGGUGGAUUGUGAUUGGAAAAAAAAAAAUUUGUGUGCAACUGGUAGGCCUUGUGACGUGUGUGACCAGACUCGGCUGGGUCAGCAUUUUACUUCUUAGAGGAGGUAACUUUCUACAUCGCGUAGCUUGCGUUGCUACCAAUUGCUUUAGUUCUAGGACCAUCUAUACACAAGGGCCCGUCAUUGACCUUCCACCUGUCGUGAUGGCCAAUAGGACAAUUAGCCAUAUAGUUGUUGCCUCAUUGGCUGGAGUUGCUAUGGCAACCUACCUGCUGCAUAGAUGGAGGAAGGCAUGGAAAAGAAAAAGGAUGCAAGCUGCAGAUCCUAUCAUCAUAGAAACCACAGAUGCUUUGGACAUGGCCAUGACCAGGAUUGCUGAUGACAUUUCAAGGUUUAAGGUGAUCAGCCUGGACUGUGAAUGGUGCAGUGAGAAGGAUGGUCGACGUCGGCCUGUUGCUCUGCUACAGCUAGCUACAGCCAGCGGCUAUUCAGUCCUGAUCCGUCUCUGCAAACUCAAAAGACACAGUCUGUCACAAAGCUUGAAAGAUCUCCUGAUGGACAAAGGCAUCCUAAAAGUUGGUGUGGCAGUUCUUGAUGAUGCAAAUCGCCUUCUGAAUGACCACGGCCUUAUAACAAGAGGCUGUCUUGAUCUGCGCCAUCUGGUUUAUCGACACUUGCCGCGAGACCUCAGGUCAAAGUUCACAGGUGGCCUGAGCAAUCUGGCAGAGAUUUACCUGGAUGAGUCCUUGAAUAAAUCUGACAACGUCCGCUGUGGGAACUGGGAAGCUGAGGUACUGUCCCAAGAGCAAGUGAAAUAUGGGGCACAAGAUGUACUCGUUGCCAUGGAAAUUUUCCUAGAAAUCGUUCACAGGAAAUUAUCUAGGAUUCCCGAACAGCCCGACUCAAGUUUUUGGAAUGGCGUAGGAACAAUGUGCCAGGGACUGGUGGAUAUAAAAUACAAAAGCAAGGCCUCCGAGAGAAAGACAAACACGAAUGUCCUGACCUUAGACCGUGACAAGCUCUCAAUUAACAAAUCCAGCAAUGCGUACAAGCCAAGGCAGUCUCAGAUGUACCACAACUGUCGUUUGAUAGCACCUGAUGGCCAAAUGCUUUGCACCUGUCACAGACAGAAGGCAGAAUGGUACGUGAAGAAAGGAAUUGGAACAGAAGUGUCCCAGGAACCUUACACAGUACAGCUGAACUUUGAACCCUCCGGAAUGCCAGGUUUAGAUCGAGCGUACUAUCUACAAGACAAAGCCAACAUGUGUGUAGUGUGUGGACGAGAAGAUUCCUACAUAAGAAAAAACAUAGUGCCUCACGAGUAUCGAAGACAUUUUCCAGAGAAGCUGAAGAAACACACAUCUCAUGAUGUUCUUCUCCUGUGUCUUCCUUGUCAUCAACUCAGUUCAAACUAUGACCGCAUUAUCCGCCAGCAACUUGUUGAAGAGUACAAUGCACCAAUCACUAACACUACAAACGCUCGCUAUCGUGAGGAUCCUGAGAAAGUCAAAGCUCGUUCUGCCGCCAAGGCUCUUCAGCGACACAAAAAGUUUGGACAACUCCCAGAGAAGCGUGUUGCAGAGUUGGAGGGGGUGUUAGCUAAGUUCUGGAAUAUGGAACGAGUGGACGAAGACGUCGUUAAUGACACGGUCACCAUGAGUGUAAAAUGUGAGAAUGAAGAUUUUCAGGGGUCACAUGGCGAAAAGGUCAUUGCCACGGUGAUGAAGGAAGAAAACGGACUUCAGAAAUUUGAGCGAAGGUGGAGGCAGAACUUUCUGGAGACAAUGAAACCAGAGUUCCUGCCAGUGCUGUGGUCAGUACAUCACAGACACAAAACCACAGAUGGUGAUGAAAAUAAAAUGUCCUAGAAUUACAA